AUGGAUACGCCCUCGUCAAAGGCGCCGCCGAAGCGGAAACGCCACGAGCAUAUUUCCCUGAGCACGGUGGAUUUCUCUUUUGAUCCAGCCAGGGCCGAGCCCACCGACGAUGGAAGCAGCAGUCCACGCUCCAAGGUUGCCCAUCGGUUUCGCGGUCUGGGGCUCGGAGGUGGGGGUGGGGUUGUAAUCGACGAGGCAGACGACGGGGAUGGCCCAGGCUGCGCGCGGAAACGACAAAGGCUGGACGAGAUGAUGACCGAUGCUGGCCAACAACGUCUUCGGCAAGGGGCAGGAUCCCCUACACCACAGCCGAGUCAAGCCCUUUGUCCCGAGCCCAAGGCCGGUGCUGGACACGUCGCAGCUCAGAUUCCAACCCCGGCGGACGCUGCGCCAGGAGGCCCAGGACAGGACACCAAAUCACCACAUCGAAGAAGGGCUGGUACGCCACCGCUGAAGCUGCACAAGUCACCAAAGAAGCCUCGUCAGGGUGAUGUCAACGUGGCCGGGUCACCCGUCGCUGACGAAGACGACGUUGUCGUGGACCCAGUAAGGGCAGCCCUUACUUGGCACGAGGAUGAAAUCACCAUUUACGAUCCAAACGACAAGGACGACGACGGCACCGGCAUCAACGGCGUGGGUUUCAAACCAACGCCCGCAAUCGCAGAAGCGAGAGCCAUUCGGAGGAGACAUCAGAUGGCCGAGUAUCGGAGGCGAGAGGAAAAGGAAGCCAGGGCAAAACGCAGCCAGCUACGGGGAGGAGAAAAGCCCCUACCAGCCCGGCUGAAAAACAAGUCACCCGCCAGAAAGGUCAGAUUUGUGGAUUCAGAAAGGCGCAAUGGUGCUGUGACGACGCCAUGCUCUACGAUAUGA